AUGCUCGCGCCUUCAUUUCGCCUGCGCAGUCCCACCCCCAGAUCGCUCUUCCAUACUUCGCGCUGGUGGAUCUCAGCACCACCGCGGAGGGCAUUACUCGCGCAGUCGACCAGAUGCUUCGCCCAAAAAGUUGCAGAGGCCCAAACAGGCGCUGGCACCAAUACACCUGUACCUUCGGACGCACAACCGUCUAAGAUCAAGUCGCCAUUUUACUUCGAAGCUGGUUAUGCGCUCUUCGCAAAGAGACCCUCACGCCCAUUCCCUCCGCCGUUUCUCUCAUUGCCUUCAACCAGCUUCUCAGAGCCGCUGAGCACACAUGACAAGAGUAGAGACCGAAGACCAAGGGUCAAUGGAGACAUGAUACGCGGGGUUACCAAUGGCGACGAUGCGGUGUUAGUCAACGAAAGCUUCAUAGCAGCGAACGACGGAGUCGGAGCCUGGGCGACGAGAGAGAAGGGCCACGCUGCUCUCUGGUCCCGCUUGAUCCUCCACUUUUGGGCGCUUGAAGUUAAAGGCGCAUCUUACUCGCCCACCUCACCACCUGACCCAGUCGCAUACCUCCAGACGGCGUACGACCUCACUAAGAAAGCCACAACCGAGCCGAAUGAAUGGCACGGUACCACAACAGUCUGCGGCGCCCUACUCACGUCUGACGAACAGAAACCGGGACACCCAAUCCUAUAUGUCACGCAACUUGGCGACAGCCAGAUCCUCGUCAUCCGCCCUAGUAGCAAGGAGGUCAUAUACAAGACACAGGAGCAGUGGCAUUGGUUUGAUUGUCCGCGACAACUUGGGACGAACAGCCCGGACACGCCAAAUGAAAACGCCAUCAUGGACCGCAUAGAGAUCGCGGAAGAAGACAUUGUGCUUGCCAUGACCGACGGCGUAGUCGACAAUCUCUGGGAGCACGAAGUCGUAGAAAACGUGCUGGACAGCUUGGAAAAGUGGCGCGGUGAAAACGAGACCGAGAACCAGACGUAUUCUGACGGCAUGCGCUUCGUGGCAGAGCGACUUGUCAAUGCUGCAAGGACGAUUGCGCAGGAUCCGUUUGCAGAAAGUCCAUAUAUGGAGAAGGCGGUCGAUGAAGGCUUGUCGAUUGAAGGAGGCAAACUCGACGAUAUCAGCGUAGUGGCUGCACAAUGUAAGCGGCGAAAAGGCUGA